AUGUCUGUCUCUGCCGAUAAAAGAAAGCCCGUCCGCAUCUGGGUCGACGGAUGCUUCGACCUCAUGCAUUUUGGUCAGUCCCCAUCAGCCAAAACAGCCAACCUGUUGCGUCACUUCAACGCUCUUCGUCAGGCCAAGGCUAUGGGCGACUACUUGGUUGUCGGUGUCCACUCGGACGCCGAGAUUGAGCACCACAAGGGCCCCACCGUCAUGAAGGAGGACGAGAGAUACGCCGCCGUUGCUGCCUGCAAGUGGGUCGAUGAGGUUGUCCCCAACGCCCCUUACCUGACCUCCUUGGAGUGGAUGGACAAGUACAACUGCGAUUACUGUGUCCACGGUGACGAUAUCACCACCAUGGCUGACGGAACCGACUGCUACCAGGUCGUCAAGGAUGCUGGUCGCUACAGAGAGUGCAAGCGUACUCAGGAUAUCUCGACCACCGAGCUCGUUGGUCGUAUGUUGUUGAUGACCAAGGACCACCACAAGCGCCGUGGCUCGAUUAACAGUGCCUCGAUCACCUCUGUCAACACUGCCGAGGUCGGCACCUUCUCCACUGGAGGAUCCAAGACCAAGCCCGACACCAAGGUCUCCCACUUCUUGCCCACCUCCCGCAAGAUUGUUCAGUUCUCUGAGGGCAAGGAGCCCAAUGCUGGCGACAAGGUUGUCUAUGUUGAUGGCACCUUUGACUUGUUCCACACUGGUCACAUCGAGUUCUUGAAGCGUGCCAAGCAACUGGGCGACUAUCUCUUGGUCGGAAUCCACGACGAUCAGACCGUCAACGCCAUCAAGGGAGUCAACUACCCCCUCAUGAACCUCCACGAGCGUGUCCUCUCCGUCUUGGCCUGCCGCUACGUUGAUGAGGUCGUUAUCGGUGCUCCUUACAGUGUCAGCGACCAGGUUUUGGAGAAGGUCUACAAGGUUGACGUUGUUGUCCACGGAAACACCCCUUCGUUGGAGGACACUGACGGCCAGGAUCCUUACAAGCUCGCCAAGGAGAGAAACAUCUAUGUCGAGAUUGACAACCCCCAGAACUCUGUCACCACCGAGUCCAUCAUCGAGCGCAUCAUCACCCACCGCAAGUUGUUCGAGGAGCGUCAGCGCAGAAAGGAGCAGAAGGCUCUCUUGGAGAGAGAGGCCGAGAAGGCCGAAAAGGCUGCUGCUGCUGCCGCUGCCCAAUAA